AUGGUAGCAUUUCUUAGCAAAGCCACGAAGUGUGGAAGUGGCCAUCCACCAGCAGAUCUGGGAUUCAGAGGUGCAGUGUAUCCAAAACCCUCCAUUGGACCGAGCGAAGCUAUGGUUCAGAGAAACUCUACGGACAAGAUUGACUUCCAGAACAUUGACCUGGUUUCUGAGGUCAACAGGCGUAGGAAAGCCAUGGCCACAAGAGAUGAAACCAUCAUCAAGAAAAGUGGCGAGGGUGGGAAAAUGCUCCCCAGCAUGGGCAUGGACCAAGAGUUUUCCAGCAAAGUCCACCUCAUGGUGCCUCCUGCUCCCCCUCCUUCUCCAGCUGAUGCUUCGGACAUAAGCAAGUACCAGAAAUCAGAGGGACUGGUGCUCCUCAGGCCCCUGGGAGAAACCACAGGAACAGCAACACAAGAACAAAAGGAACCCAUAUUCCUUUGCCUCGGGACCACUCCUGAAAUGUCCCCGAGAGUCAUGGAGGUGUAA